AUGUUAACAGUAAGUGUGGUGCUGGUAUUUUUUGUGGUGUCUCUGCUGCUUAUGCAGUUUCUGAAAUUGCAAUGGAUGCGAAGACGAUUUCCUCCUGGACCAACUCCAUACCGCUUCUUUGGAAAUCUGCUGCAGAUGAACUUCCAAAUUCAUCAUGAGAUCCUUAAAAAAAUGGCCAAAAUUCAUGGUAAUGUCUUCACCUUAUGGCUUUCAAACAUUCCUAUAGUUGUCCUGCAAGGGUUUCAGGCAGUGAAGGAAGGUCUGACUGUCCAUGCUGAAGACGUUGCUGGAAGGCCAACAAGCAGUAUCUUUCACAUUUUGACUCAUGGAAAUGGUGUUAUGUUCUCUAAUGGUCAUCUCUGGAAGCAACAGAGGCGUUUUGGACUUGCAACAAUGAGGAAAAUGGGAGUAGGGAAAAAAGACCAGGAGUAUCGACUACAAGAGGAGGCCUGUCACCUGGUGGAAUACUUACAGAAAACAAAUGGAAAACCUCUGGACCCCACCAUGCCUGUUGUUCAUACUGUCUCAAAUGUGAUUUGUUCUGUGAUUUUUGGACAUCGCUUCUCUAAAGAUGAUGAAAAUUUUCACCGCUUGAUUGAAUCCGUUGAUACUCUAGCAACAUUUGGGAACAGCAUCUCUUUUUUUGUAUAUGAAAUGUUUCCCUGGCUUGCAAGCCAUUUCCUAGCACCAUUUAAACAGACUGUGUCCAGCAUAAAUUUUGUGAACACUCUAUUAGCAAAGGAACUUGAAAGCCACAAACAAAAAGGAAAACCAGAAGAAAAUCAAGAUUUUAUUGAUUACUAUUUGGAUGAGAUAGAUAAAACUAAAGGAGAUGCUGAUUCUACUUAUGAUGAAGAAAACUUGAUCCAGACUAUUUUUGACCUCUUUCUGGCAGGUACAGAAACUACAGCCACCACUUUACGUUGGGCGUUGCUUUAUAUGGUGGUUUAUCCUGAUAUUCAAGAGAAAGUCCAGAAGGAGCUGGAUGCUGUUCUGGGUCGUUCCCAUUUAAUUUGCUAUGAGGACAGAAAAAAGUUGCCCUAUACAAAUGCUGUAAUUCACGAGAUCCAGCGAUACAGUAAUAUAAUCUUAAUUGCACUUCCCAGACAGAGUGUGAAGGACACAGAGCUGCUGGGAUAUCCUGUUCCAAAGAACACCAUAAUUUUAUCAAAUAUUGACUCUGUUCUGUCUGAUCCUGGAAAAUGGGAGACACCUGAUCAGUUCAACCCAGGCCACUUUCUAGAUAAAGAUGGAAACUUUGUAAACAGAGAAGCAUUCUUACCGUUUUCAAUAGGGCACCGUGUAUGUAUGGGGGAGCUGUUGGCAAGGAUGGAGCUCUUUAUUGUCUUUUCCACCCUGUUACAGGCGUUCACGUUCACCCUGCCAGAAGGAGUGAAAGAAGUCAAUACAAAGCUUGUUUUUGGGAUCACAAUGAAGCCACCUCCCUACCAGCUCUGUGCCAUUCCUCGGUAG